AUGACAAGUCCGCCUUUUGUCUCAGAAAACGCCUCCACCACCACCACCACCACCACCACCACCACCACCACCACCACCACCACCACCACCACCACCACCACCACCACCAACGGGGACACUCUGGCACCACGCCAGCAAACAGCCAUAUCCUCCCUUCCACCAGUAAUAUGGGCUCCACCCCAACCUGCCCUCAUUGAGGUCACACCUUCACAUCACACACUGGCUUGGUUGGUCACUUACGAGUCCGCCGCACUGACACCGACGAACCAGUGCCGGUAGCCCCAACAUACACACGUCACACCCGCCUCAUCUGUCCACACUGCCUGCAGGGCAUUCAAUCACGUUCCGCAGUUCAGACUGCAUCGCCCAUCUCGCCCUGCUACUUUUGAACCAACACCACAACACUCGUAUACAUGCCACCCACCGUAACAUCAUGCAACUCUCCUGCAGUAAAAAUGCGACCUUCUUUGCCAUCGCUGAUAUGAAUGGCGAAACAUCGCAUGUCUGAACAUGCAUGUCUCACGCAAGGGGGUGCAUGCCCUCUGGCUACUUCUGGUGCAUGAACCUGGGACCCGGUUUUGUGUGUGCGUGACCCACGUGCAUGAGUUGUUUAACUCUGUCAGCCACUGAGCCGAACCCCACCAGCAGUCAGUUGACAGGAUCGGAUAGUUAACUAAUGCAUGCGAGAGGGAACAGAGAGUGAUGCACGGCAGAUCAGCAUAAUCUUCACUUAAAUAAAUCUGAUACGUUUUAAUCCAUCGCGACGCGCUACCAGUUUGUCACCUGGAAGCUUGCCAAGGCGACCUUUAUGACACUCUUACUGAUAUAAGACUUGAGAGACCUUUGUAGAGGUCUGGUACCUGGGGUACCCGGCCCAGGUCGUAUGUGUGGCGUGCUCAGACCGGAAGUUCAGCGUUAUCAGCUACUGCGCCCACACUCAUCUCCGGUCGUCAGGUCGUGUUGCCAUCGGACCAACGCAAUGGAUGCUGCGGAAGACUACCUCCUCACAAACAAAUCCACGCGCACACAGUGAACGUUGUCUUUCGAAUGGCCGAACUGUCGUAUGUAUGUGUGUGUGUGUGCAGAAGUCAAAUUAAUUCUUUGGGAAUGUAACAAAUGCUCUUCAAAGUUGUCGUUCGAAUGGUCGAACUGUCGUGUGUGACGGCAUCGUUGUCACCGAACUAGUCUUGAUGUUAGAGGUGUGCGCGACCGAGGACGGCUAGCGCUGUCGACUGGACCAUGUCUGGCAGUUAACAAUAUCGGUCCUCCAUGUGGGCGUUCUCGUCAGCGGAGGCAGCGACUGGAAAGACCGACCAUCGCCUCGUCAUUUUGAAAAUGCGUAUUCGUCUACAGCCUCGCAGGAGACCUCAAGGUAAGCGACCCCCAAGGUAAGCAGAAUAUUUCCUUGUUGUCUUUGCCCGCUCACCAUCUUCAUUUCAGCAAUGAGCUAGCUCAACGGCUAGCCAACCUUCCAGUCGCUGUCGCCGACGCCGCCACCGACGAGAACGCCUCAGUGGAAAAUCGAUGGUGUCAACUGCAGGACACAGUCCAGUCGACGGCGCUAGUCGUCCUUGGUCGCGCACGCCGCCAACACCAGGACUGGUUCGAUGACAACGACGCCGUCAUCAGCAGUCUGCUCGCCGAGAAGAACCGCCUACACAAAGCCUACAUAGACCACCCCACUGAUGCCAACAGAGCUGCUUUCCAAUAG